UGAUUCAACUUGAAUAACAAUUUUUUAAACAAAAACUUAUCCAAUUUGUGAGCUUUUUCAACUUAUAAAUUAUCUUGAAGAUUAUGAACUUAUAUUGAAUCGUUAUUCAGCUCUAAAAAUAUGGAAAAUUUAACUUGGGCUAGUACAAGUUUAACCUGUGUUGAAUUUCCAAGAGGAGAUCAAUUUGGACAUUUGCUUGCCUACGUAAGCCUAAUUCCUAUAGCGGUUCUUGUAUCUUACGUUGUUCUAGUUUUACACAACCGGGAUCUACCAACGAUAUGUGUUUUUUUAGGACAAAUGCUAAAUGAAGUGAUGAAUGUUGUAGCUAAGCGUAUGUUGAAACAUCUAAGGCCAGAAAAUCCACAUCACCUUGUUGGAAGUGCAAAUAAAUAUGGAAUGCCGUCUCAACACAGUCAAUGCAUGGGUUUCUUCACAGCUUAUUGUUGUCUAUAUUUAAUUUACAAAGCUAGUCAUAAAAACCUAUUAACCAGAGGGCUAUUGAUAAUUUUAUUAAUUUCAAGUCUUAUCGCCGUUCUUUAUUCAAGAGUAUAUCUUCUUUAUCAUUUCACAUCACAAUGCAUUGCUGGUGCAAUGAUCGGAUCUUUAUUUGGUUAUUUUUGGUUUAGACUAACUUGGGAUUUUUUCGCCCAGUACUUUGAUAAAAUAACAACUUGGAAAAUUUCUCGUUUUCUUGGUUUGAACACGUGGAAACUUAGUGGUGGCAAGAAGAAGCUCAAAUAGAGUUUAUUGCUCUUUAUUUUGUAUAUUUAUUAAAUUUCCAAUGGCAAUUUAUUCAACAAGAGCUAUUUGACGAUAGUUAUUUAUCACAUAAAUAUUAUUCAUUAUAAGUGUAAUGCAUUCGUUUUGGAUGGACUUUCCCUUAGUGAUGAUUGAUUAUAUGUUUAUCGCAACAUACACGAAAAAUUAAAACAUUAAACUGCUAUUUUUGCAUUUUUUUCAUUCAAUUUU